AUGCCACAUGCCGUUCGGCUUCUGAUCUCCCUGGCUGCUGUCGCGCAGCAGGGCGGCGGGUGGUGGCUGCACAGCAACGUCACCAACCAGACUGGGGCGGAUGCCAGGCCUCGAGACGAGUCCAAGUGGGCGCAGCUCCGUGAGUGGGUUGUGUCCCACGCGAAUGUUGGCAGCGACUGGGCUGCUUGGCUCACAUGGCCCGACGCUCAGAGUGUACCGGAGCGGAUGUGGUCGUGGGACAGCGGUUUGUGCAUGGUCCUCGACACCGCAGUGAGUUUCAUCGGCUGGAUGCUGUUCGGGAACUCGUGGCCAGGUGUGAGGACGGGCUGCCAGCGCAUCUUCCGACUCUUGGCAUUGCUGCUGCUGUGCAUGGGUGCCCACUACCUGUGGGCUUUGUGCUGGCCGGUGCUGUCGCUGAUCUCGGUGGUCGUGAUGGGGGUCGUAUGGCUAGUGAGGGCCAUCGUCCGCAAGCUUGGGACGUUGGUCUACUGGGCUCAGCAGGCGGCUGGGGGCGUGCCUGAAGCCUCUGACGCCGAGUUCUUGGGCCCGGGUACGGGAAGGAUUCCCGAAACCGCGGACCUCCGAGCCUUCAAGAAGGUCGGUGGCGCUGACAAGUGGAUCCUGAUCCGUCGCGGCGGGCAUGUGGCGGUCUUCAAGGCGGGCAGCGACUCCCAGACGAUCAGAACGCCCGGCUUGUUUGUCCCUAUCGAGCCGGACACGAUGCGGGGCGACAAGGAGAUUGUGGAGGCGUGCCAGGGUUACGACAAAAUUCAUCUUUGCCGCAACCUGGUGUGCAACGAGGAGGGCCAGCACUUCAAGGAGUACGGCGUGGCUCGCGAUUUCGACGGCGAGCGCUUCCAUCUCAAGAACGCGGAGCUCGGCGCAGCCAAAGCGGGUCGAGCUUUAUGGUCAUGGUUGUGGGCGUCACCGGCCAGGCCCCCUAAACCGCUGAAGGAGUUCGGAUCCGAGUCGGAGACCGAGCCAGCCAAGGCGUGUGGUGCUCACCGCGUUGCCUGGGCCGAUCUUGCCGGGGAUUGCAGCUUAGCGACCCAGCCUUGCCGGAUGCCGGGCACCACCUUCUGUGACCUGCUCUUUGAGGACCGGUUUGAUGAUUUGGGUCGUGUAGAUCUUUGCCCUCAGCAUGCUUUGGACUCCGAACGACGGCGGCGACCUCAGCAGUGCCAUCACAACGGUUGUGCUCAUGUGGGAAUUCUGGGCGAGUCUGGCGAUGGUGUUCGUCGGUGCCGCCUCCACACUUUGGGCGAGGUCCGAAAGCCGAGCUCUCGCAGACGCUCGCCGGCUCGCCCUCCUCAGCCUGUACAAGACGAUCCGGAGGAACCUGAGCUACCGCCACGAGGUCAUGACGGUGCCGAAGGGCUUCGUGAUCUUAAGCGCCUCCUCGCGGAGGUAAAGUCAGAAGGCGGUGAGCCAGAGAAGCGAGUGAGGGGAAGUUCGCCGGGCCGCACGCCGCGGUCGAGCAUCCAGAAGAAUUUGGCGAAGUUGGGCUUGCUGGACUCACCGGCCAAGGAACAUCCCCUUCCUGUGCUUGAGGAGUUCUUCAACCAGUAUGCUGAGGGGCGCGAUGCUGGGCUAUCAGAGGAGGACGUGAGAGUGAGCAUCGCCGCUGAGCGGGGCCAGACGCUGAAGGGGGUGACUAAGGAGCUGGUGCGGGCGGCCAUUGUGGAGCAGGAGAAGGGGCAGCGUGGCCUCACCAAGUUCUUGAAGGCCUGGCAGAAGCCCUCAUCGACACGGGGCUCUUCGCCAGCCAGCGUGGCGCGGGGCAGCUCGGCUCCAUCUUGGGACUUGGUGGAAACGUCCCCUGAGAAGCCGCCGAGCCUGCAGGACCGUGCUCCCGGGCCUCUUCGAAUCGGAAAUCCGGGCAUCUUUGGUGUGGAGGAUCGCAAAGCAGGGGCGACGGACUCAGGCGCCUUCGACGAGAUCGCUCGAGCCAUCCAGUCGCAGACGGCGGAGAUUGCCUCCCUGGUGAAGAGUCACACGGAGAACACCGCGGUUCCGCCCGGCACCAUGAAAGGGCUGAACAGGACGUCCGAGGAGUUGGUCUUCUUGCUCCGGGCCUGCAACCAGUACCAGGUCACGGUCGGUGCAGGCGAACAAGGUCAAGCGCUGGCGAACGCUCUCCUAUCGGCACAGGUGGGAGCAUCGACCAAGCUGACUGGGAGGGUCGCGUCAGGCGCCAGAACGAUGUUUGGGCCCUCGUCUACGGCAGCGAGUGGAAGCGCGCACCAUGCGUUGGAGCGGCUUUUGGAAUGGCACCAAGCCGAGCCCCACAAGUGGCCCCUCACCGUGCUCAUGGAUGUGUGGGAGGAGCUGCAUUGGCGUUUCUUCGAGGAACUUAAAGAGACCCUCAGGCUGCUCAAGAAGGAGGCGGGGCGGGAGACCAUGUCGUUGCCGGACAUCAAGUUCUACGCCUUAAUGCCGAAUGCUUCGGGUACUGCGUGGCUAGAGCUCCCUCGCACCUUCGACCUUCGUUUCCCGGAUGGUUGGUUCAUGACGGAGGUCCUCCCGCGUAUCGAGAGAAAGCAGGAGCGGAUGCUGUGGCGACUCACUUGGGAGGGCACUCGCAGCGCGAAGCCAUCAACUCACGCUGGAGGAGAACAGAAGCCUGAUUCGCCAGCCAAGCCGACGGUGAAGGCGCUAUGGGGCCCGAAGCUCUCUACUGAGGAGGUGAACAAAGCCAAGGAGCGUGCUCUCCUGGACCAGGCCCUCGACCCGUGCGUGCAGAUGCAGUUGCUUCGUCGAGGUGGUCUGAGGCGGAUGAGGCCCGAGACGAAGGACUCCGUCACCGAGAAGAUCAAGGCUCUGAGAGUGGCGGUUGUCAAGGACAAGGCCGCAAAGACCACGGAUCGCAAGUCGGGCCAAGGUGAUGAUGUCCAGGCGCCCGGCGAGACCAGAGCGGGCGGCGAGAAGGAGGACCUACGCGAGGCACUCAAGGGGCCCGACCGUGCAUGGCUGCAAGGAGGGGGCGAGGCCAACCUCACGGCGGCCGAGGCUACUGGAGAGUCAGCUCCCCAGGAAGCGAAGGACUUGGUGGCGCGGGCUGAGGCCCUCGCGAACGGGCCAGUGUUAGGCCAACUUCGGACUGCCUCAGAUGACUUGUUUGCUUGGGCCGCCACACGGGUCGCGAUGAACCCUCACGCCAGCUUGGAGGAGGGCAUCCAGGUGACGGAGGUUGUUUGGGAGCCGGGCCGCCCCAAAAAGGCGACAGCGAACAUCGAAGGAGCCACGUGGACGAUUUGGGACUACCGGGAGGAGGUUCGCAUGUCGGAGGAGUUGGCCAGUAUGCUCCAGCAGCCUGAGGAGGGUGCUGAGAAGCGUCAGUGUGUCACCAAGGCGAUUGCGGCAGGCAUCAUGUGGCGGCAGCGCGCCCGGCAACCGAGCCCACGGGAGGUGGAGGAGAAGGCCCUUGAGCUACGGCUGGAACAGACGAGGCUCGCUUUGGAGGCCCAGGCAGUCAUGGGCGAGCCGGCUCAGAAGGUAGCUCCCAUUGAGGCCGAGAUCCGCAUCUACACCCGCGACACCGUCCGCGCGAACCACGACAAGGAUUUCCGGUCGCUGGCGGUGUUUCCUUUGGCCGAGCUCGAGGACUGCAAGUUGGUGGUGAUCAGGGCCGACUACAAGGGCGAUGUUGUGGUGGAAACGGUCACGGGGCCGCUGUGGCGGGAUGGUGGUUGGACUCUUUGGACCUUGAUCUGGAGGGGCCACAUGGUUUUCCUUGAACCCCCACCGGGCAUGCAAGCCGAAGUUUUCUUGGACCGCUGGCAGCCGUACGACACCCCCGCACUGGGCUUCCUGUUGUUCUGGCACACUCGUCACGAUCAGGAGCGCACUUCACCCGGUGUUGUUCAGUGCAGACUGUGCCGAGGCCGCAAAGCAGGCGAGGCGGUGGUCCACGUUAGGCGGGAGAGCAAUCUGGCAGCGGCGGCCAUUGUGGGCUGCAUCCGCGCGGGCUCCAGACCCAACUUCGACAAGGUCUCCGUUCGGGGUGCUUCUUUGUGCUUUCAGGAGGUCUUCGCCGGCGCCGCCGUCAUGACAGCAGCUUGGGCCGCGGCGGGGAUCAAGGUGCUGGAGCCUGUUGAACUGUGGGCGGAUCCAGUCAAUCGCGUCGGCUAUCGCCCGGACCAUGACUUGACCAAAGGGGAGGUGCAGAAACGCCUUCUUUAUCUUGCAGGCAGCGGCGACGCGAACGUCUGGUGGAUUGCCUCCCCCUGCACAAGUUUCUGCGAUUGGUGCGCUCAAAAUGGGGGCACUCGCACCUUUCAGUGCCCAUGGGGUGGCCAAGGCGACCGACCCCAUAAGGAGGUGGAGCUUCAGGGCAAUACGCUGAGCAAGGUCGGUGCGGAGCUCUUCCUCAACGCCCUGCGCAACGGCGCCUUUCCCAUUGCCGAGUCCUCGGGCAAGUCUGGUCGUUACCCCAAAAUGUGGGAUUUGCCUUGGUGGCGGGAGAUCCUUCGCCGCCCCGACGUACAGUUUGUGGAGUUUCCCAUGUGCGCCUUUGGCUUGCGGCUUUUGCGGCCGCCCUGUCGCGGUGUUGCCCGGGCGUUGGAGCAGCUCAUCGGCACGUUCCUCUGGCUGGCGCUCGACCGGGGGCCGCACAGUCCAGGUGCGCAGAGGCGGGCGUCUACCCAGGAGUUUGUGCGCACCGUGGUGUCCACCUUGCAGCAGGCGCUGGUCGCGGGGGGUGAGGACAGCAGGCCACAGUGGCCGGUGGCGGAGGAGACGCGAGCGGGCUCCGAUGAGUAUGACGUUGGGCCGUGGGCCCCCCACUGGGCAAGUAGGGCCGGUGGCGAUGUUUCAGGCCGGUGCGGUGGCCGCAGUGGUUGGCUGCACGAGCUCGACGAUGACUACUGCGAGGGCACGAUCGGCUUCGGCGACUUCCCCACGAAUGGCUGGGUGGUGAACGGCGAGGACACGAGGGCGGGCAGUGCCGAACGCUACGAGGCCUGGAAGCGGGUCUGUGAUGGAGGUGCACGUCUGGUCCAGGAGGCUGGGUCGGUCAAGCUUGCCGCUGAGAGUCUGUGGGCGGUGCGCGAGGAGAAGGGGCUCAACAACUUGAAAGGCGUCGACGAUUCCCGAUUGGACACCGUCCUGCACCCGGACCUCCUGGAGUACCUUCGCGACGUUCGCAGGCGGGGCUUGGCUGCACGGUUCGUGGGAGAGCGCAAGCGGUGCCAGGCGAAGGUCCACCCAAAUGGGCGGCGGAAUCUGGCUCAAGUGUACCGCCAGAUUUGGAAGGACGUGUGCAAGCUUCGUGUCUUGGUCGUGCCGGCAGGGUUGGAGAUGGGCCCGGUGAUUUCGAGCCCCUUUGAUGCUGUUGACAAGAUGCUGCCGGACCGCUCCAUCGCCCCCGACAAGCGCAUUGUGCACGACCAGAGGGUGAUCAACGAGGGCACUCACAAAGAAUGGCAUCCUCCCUCUGUCCAACCACGGCAUGAGCAGAUCGCGAGGCUAGUGCUGUUUGCGAAAUGCCAGCUGCCGGGCGUCGAGGUCUUGAUGAGCAAGAAGGAUGUGGCGGGGGCCUUUCGGCUGCUGUGGGUCGAUCCCAGGGAUGCCGAGCUGUUUGCGGGUGACCUCCCAUGGGUUCCAGAGGAGAUGGAAGAGGGCGACAGGGCGACCGGGGAGGGCAUGACCAUAGUCUACCUCGUCAGCUCCUUUGGCUUUUCUGGCUCGCCGGGUGAGUGGACGAUGUGGGGCAAAGCUACCGAGGAGUUCCUACGACGUCAUUGCCCCGCGAAACCCCGACGAGACCUGGCCUGGGCGUUUGAGAGCCGCAUCCUCGUCGACGACAACGUGCUGGUUGAGCCCCUGGUGGGCCUGAGGCCUUGGGUGGCGAGUGAAGUGUACGAGCUCGGGGUGAAGACGCUCCUCGGCGAUGCGGCGGUGAAUCGGGAGAAGGACCUCGUGGAAGGCCCGUUUCCGACGUUCCAGACGGUGUGGGGCUUGGACAUGGACACUGCGACGGAGGAGAUCCACCUGCCGGAGAGACGAAUCCUCAAAGGGGCCCACCUUCUUAGCGACGGGGCCUUCGAGUACGGCUGCAAGGACCUAACGGUGCGUGCUGUGCAGAGGUUCCGUGGUCUGGCGACUGGUUGGACCGUGAUCGUCCGGGGGCUCAAGAACGAGCUCAAGGCGGCCGACCGAUUCUUGGGUGGUGGAGGCGAUGGCGGCGCAAAGGUGUGCCCGAAGCUGGCGGUUCCUGGGGAUGCCGAGGAGUGUGAACAGGCUUGGCGUGACCUUUUCGAGGAGUCGCGAUGGCUGUGUGCAAGACCGGAGACGUGGCCUACGAAGUUCGGAGCCAGCAUGCGCGAGCUCCUUCCGAUCCGUGAGCGUCUCGCUCUCCCAGGCGAGUGGGAUGCUGGGACUGUCUUUGUGUCUUCCGAUGCCACCAAGGUCAUGAUCGCUGCCAUCGACUGGACCGGCGGUUCCGUGAUGAGGAUGAAGGCCAAAGCGGCAGCUGAGUGGGUUCAACGGUGUGGCGAGGAGGACGAGGUCGCCAUCCAUGUCGCCGAGAUGCUGUCGUUCCUGGCCUUUGCGUGCCAGGUCGGGGAGUCGUGGCAGGGCAAGAUCGUUCUCUACGGCGGGGACAACAAGAUCGUGAAGGAAUGGAUCGUCGGCAGGAAGGCGGGCACGAGGGUGGGACGUCUUCUCGUGCGCGUGAUCAACCUGCUGGAGAUGCGCUUUCGCUUCGCACUUGUGGCCACGUGGUGGAGGACCUUUCACAAUGUCCACGCCGACCUGCUCACCCGGUGCUCCGAUGAGGAGUUCGACGCGAUCGUGAAGGACAAGGGUUGGGAGGUCGUCGACGUUACGGAUGCCCUCCGGCAGGCGAUGAUCGACUCGGAGCGCUUUGGGCCAUGUUUGCUGGCUUGGGGCGCAGAGGACCGCAGGGUGCUCAUGCAGCUCAAGGAACGAAGGCUGAAGCGGGCGGUGCCACACACGAUCGCACCCAAAUGGAGCGACUUCCGCGCGGUGGAGCUGUGUGGUCCGGACCGGGUCGUCAAGGACUUUGUCGAGGCCGCCAUCGCGGCGGGUGGCCAGGGGCGCUCAUCGUCUUGGUCGGGGCCGGUGUUCCCAGCUGAGGUGGUCUUUGCCUCAUUACCGCCCGACCUGCACGCCAAGGUGAUCUUGACGGCCAGCAAGACCGCCAUUGAGGGGAAGGCGCAGCUCGUGAUCUUCGAGGGCCCGCGGCAAGUGCCCUGGGAGAAGGCGGCGAGGCUCUUCGAACGGGCCAUGUGGGACACUGAGGUUUGCGAGUUUCUCACCACGGAGUUUGGCGAGCUUGCUGCGAGGAGGCGGAAAUGCAUGGUGGCGGCUCCACAUGGAUCUGUCCAGGGUCUGUUCGUCGCCAACACGUCGAGGGGGACACUGGCACCGCCGAUGAGUGCUGUGCUGGAAGAUGCGCGUUCGACGUCGGUGAGCCAGUGGAUCUACCCGGACACGAUCCUCGUCGACUCUGGCAUUCCCCGUGAGCCCCUUUUGCCUCUCCUGAAGGGCCACUACUGGGUGAAGGGCGAGAGGCACGUGCUGAUGAGCACGAGCGGGCCGCUGCGUUGGCCGCUGUGUGAGAACGGCAAGAUCCAGCAGUGUGUUGUUUGGGAACCCAGGGGCCCACCUGGUGCAGUGCGGCUUCUCACGGAGGCAGAAGUGUGGCUAUGUCAAGGGAGGCGGCCGACGGCUUGGGAUCAACUUCGCGGCGAAGGACAUGAGCCCGGGUUUCUCUUGAGAGAAGGAAGUAAGGCCACCGGGGGGCAAACCGCGGGCUCAUGGCGGGCUACUCCGUUUCUUCCGACGCUCGAGCCGGAGGAGUAUGGGAUAGCUGGGACGAUGCGAACCUCGCAAAGGUGUUGGAGUGGCUGCGACGGUGGAAGCGUGGACUACUUUCCCGAGCAGCUGGACAAGAAGACGAUCGGCGGGCCGGAGGGUGCGAGCCUCGAGUUCAUGAAGGCGGCCGAGCGGGCGAAAAGGACGGCGGAUGAGGCAGAGGACGAUCCCAGGCGGGCCGGAGCUCCAAGAGGGGGCACUCGUCGUGGAAAGGCUGAAGCGGCACAUGGGGCCGCACAGGUGCAUAUCGAACCGGGCCCGGUCAGACCGUUCACCGGUGAAGUCGGGGCGCAUGUCGAGGAGUGGGUCGAGGACAACUUGUGUGGCUACCUCGCUGACAGCACGGCGAAGCAGUACGCGGGCAUCUACAGCAAAUGGAGGGCCUGGAGUGCGAGACAAGGGUGGCCUACGGAGUUCCUCGACAAGUCGGAGCCUGUCGAGGCGAACGAGAACAAGUUGCUCGGAUUCCUCGGGUACCUGGGCUGGCUGGGAAACUCAGUGGCUUCGCUCAAGCAGGCGGUGUUCGCGAUCAAGGACGGGCACAAACGUGGAGGCCAAGGUGAUCCCACUGAGAAGAUGCCCAGGCGACUGGGCGUUACGCCGGGGAUGCUCAAAUGGAUCGCUGAGGUCAUGGGCCCCCAUCUGGCGGCUACGGCGGAGGAGCGCUUCGACUCAAUCAUGGUUUUGGCGGCCCUCAACACGGCAUGGUUUUUCAUGCUGCGGGCGAAGGAGUAUUGCGAGUCCAACGGGGUCGACUAUGCCAUGAUCAUGCGAGGCGUCGACCUCAAGAUCGAAUGCGAUGAGAAGGGCGAGGCCUUUGUCACCCUCCAGUUCCGCAAGACGAAGACGGAUCAGGAGGCCUUCGGCACGUGCAAGACGAUGUACGCCUCGGGUGUCAAAGAUCUGUGUGUGGUGGAGGCCCUGCUACGCUUCCGGGGAUUGCCCCCCAACGCUUCGGGCACGGAGGCGACACAGGUCCAGUACCUUCUGCAGCAAGCCGCAGCUGGUGUGGGCCUGCCUCCCGGGAGGUUCAUGUCCCAUUCUCUCCGCAUUGGCGGAGCAUCGGCGCUCUUCCAGGCCACGGGCGAGAUCGAGGUGGUGAAGCGAACGGGACGGUGGUCGUCAUCGGCUGUUCAACGCUACCUUCAUGAUGGCGAGACGGCCUUGAAGCAGGCUGCGAGCAAGAUGGCUUCUGUGGAACAGCGAGUUCAUUACACUUGA